GAGCCCGCCCCGCCCAGCUCCGGCACCGGCACCGGCUCCGGACCCGGCCCAUGGCGGCUCCGGCAGCGGCCGCCACCGCAGCCGGUGAGCCCAGGCCGGAGCAGGUGGUGUGGCCGGUGGCACGGCCGGUGGCGCAGCGGGACCAUGCAGGCAGAGGCCAGAGGGGAAUUCCGCGGCCGGGACCAGCGCCCUGGUGCUGGUAUGGCAGAGCUCGGCAAGGAGCCGCUGGCCCUGGAGCGCCCAGCGGGGACCCCCACCCACGGGCCAGCCCAGGAGACCCCUCGAGUCCCCCCAGAAGAGCAGGGUGGCAUCCCUAUCCCCAGCGCUGGCCUGCUGCAGGUCACUGAGCGUCGACAGCCCCUGAGCAGCGUGUCCUCGCUGGAGGUGCACUUCGACCUGCUGGACUUGACGGAGCUGACGGACAUGUCGGACCAGGAGCUAGCCGAGGUCUUCGCCGACUCCGACGAGGAGAACGCGGCCGGAGAGACUCCCGGCGGGCUGCAGCCGCCGCCGGUGCCGCGGGCCGGGUACCUGCGCUCGCCCUCCUGGACCCGCGCGCGGGAGCAGGGCCGCGACAAGAAGCACCUGAGUGACCCCGAGCUGCCGUCGGGACCCCCGGGACCCCCGGACGCCUUCCUGCCCGCCGAGCGCCCGCGGGAGCCGUAGGGACAGGACCUGCUGGAGGACACCGGGACACGCCGGUGCUGCUCCCGUCGGUACCGAUGGAGCCCGUCCCCGGGCGCAGGACUCCCGUUAGCCCGCCCGGAGGGCAGAGACGGCCACAGCCCCGCGGGGGGAGGCACUGGGGCCGCCCACAGCCGGUCACCCGCGGCCUCGGGGGGGGGGAACCCGUUCGGCCCCGCCGGGCCCCGGGGGCGGCACGGCUCCGGUUGCCGGGAGCGGCGGGUGGGGCAGGACGGGACGGGUCGAACGGCCCAGCCCGGCCCGACGGAGCGCGGCCGGUGCCGAUGCCGGCCCGGUUCUGAUGUAGCAGCGCUGUGAUCCGGUAAAACCGACCGACCGACACACCGCCGGCCUCUGCCCGUCUGCGCCGCGGUCGGGGGGCAAACGGGAGGGGUUGGGGUCACGGGACACCCCGGGAGCAUCGCGGGGGGAGGGGGGGUCGGCUGGUGCCGAGACAGCGCGGCCGCAGCCCCUCCCGGUGAGCGAGAGACUGGCGGUGACCGCGGCACAUCCCCGAUAACGCCACACAACGCAACUCCACCCCACCGGGCGGCGCUGGACCGGGGACCGGCCCGGUGCGGGGUCGGUCCCGGUGUUCGCUCCGCCCCGCGGGAGCUUCAGCCCCUCCGCUGCCCCCCGCCGCCGGCCCGAAGCAGAAACACGAAUGCUGAGUUGCGCAAA